AUGGCCGAAACGUUGCCUGGAGGAGUAGCAGAGAACGGCAAGCUACCACGCCUUCCUGGAAUUCCUUUACCAAGUGACAUAUCAACCAUAGUCACCGAAAGUUUGGGCAGCCCGGGAAGUUCAGGGGUACAAGAACAAACUUCGGACGGUCCUGAUGGGUUGCUUGUUUCUGAUGGAUCAAGUUCUGUUAGGAACAAAGCAAGUCAUCCAGAAAUAACCAAUAAUGGAAGUAUACCACCAGAUGCAGAAUCCCACCACAAGGCUGAAUGGGUAGAGCAAGAUGAACCAGGUGUUUAUAUCACUCUCACUGCCUUGCCUGGAGGGGCCAACGGUCUCAAGCGAGUUCGGUUCAGCCGGAAGAGGUUCAGUGAGACACAGGCAGAACAAUGGUGGCGGGGGAACAGGGCAAGGGUGUCCCAGCAGUACAAUAUCCAGUGGGAUGACAAAUAG